CUCUCUCCUUCCAGUCAACUCUCCUCCACGUUGUAUAUCUCUCCUCCCAAUAAGCCAAGAUGAUGAUCAAAGUCAAGACUCUCACUGGGAAGGAGAUCGAGCUCGAUAUCGACCCCGAAGACAAGAUCACACGUAUAAAGGAGAAGGUCGAGGAGCAGUCUGGUGUACCUCCACCCCAACAGCGCCUGAUCUUCGCUGGUCGGCAGAUGCCCGACGACAAGACAGCAAAGGACUUCAACAUCACCGCAGGCACAGUACUGCACCUGGUAUUGGCUCUCCGUGGGGGCUGCUAAACAUCACCCGCAUCGUGUGUAGACAUGCGGCAUUUGUUGUGCGAUUAAUGAAGAGAAGACGACCCUCCCAUUGUACUCUCGUGCUGUUACAUGUUGUGCUAUAUGACCUGCAUUCACGCUGUGCUUCACUAUUGCACAUGA